AUGAGCUCUUGUAUAAGAUUAUCACGGCCCGUUACGCGGAUACGAUGGAGGGUUGCGGAUAGACAUUGCUGGAGAGGCUAUGCCAGUGUUCCCGCGGCAGAACUCAGGUUCGGGCAGCCGCUCCAUGAGACGCAUCCGCAUCUGCUGAAGGCUGGGGAAGUGACGCCUUCCAUCACCGCCUUAGAGUACUAUCAACGCCGCUCAAAGCUGGCCAAAGACCUCCCACCGAACUCCAUAGCCGUCCUAGCUGCCUCAGACCUCAAGUAUGCCUCAGGCGCAGUCUUCUACAAGUUCCACCAGGACCCCGACUUCCUAUACCUGACGGGCUUCAAAGAGCCUGACGCAUUGGCAAUAAUAGAGAAGCUCGAUGACGAAGAGCAUGCCUUCCAUCUCUACGUGCGCCCGAAAGACCCCAAGGUCGAAGCCUGGGAAGGUCCACGAUCAGGUGUCGAGGCGGCAGAAGACGUCUUCAACGCCGAUAUCACAGGUAGCAUUGAGGACAUUCCGAAGCUGCUCCCGGAAAUAGUCAACAGGAGUAAAAAUGUCUAUACGGAUCUACCUCAAAGCCGGAUGACAAAGAACAUCUUAUCGCGAUACUUGGCUGGGACUGAGCCUGUACGGACAGGCGGAAUCGCCAACGUCUUUCGCGACUCGCAAGCGUCAAUCAAGCCGCUACGGCCGCUUUUGAAUGAACUAAGGGUGAUCAAGAGCGACGCAGAAGUAGCAAAUAUGCGCAGAGCAGGCCAACAUUCUGGUCGCGCUAUUACCGACGCGAUGCGACAAUCCUUUACCAACGAAAAAGAUCUCGACUCCUUCCUCGAUUACUGGUUCAAGCAAGACGGCUGCGAUGGGCCGGCAUAUGUUCCCGUAGUAGCGGGCGGCAUCAACGCCAAUACAAUACACUAUGUUUCCAACGACAUGCAGCUCAAGCCGAAUGAUCUAGUAUUGGUAGACGCUGGCGCGCUGUAUGGAGACUACGUAACAGACAUCACGCGCACAUGGCCCGUCAGCGGCAAAUUCACCCCGGCACAAAAGGAUCUAUACAACCUCCUACUCUCCGUGCAAAGAACAUGCAUAUCGCUCUGCCGCACAAGCUCAAAUUUUUCCUUGGAUAAACUACAUCAAACCGCCUCCAAAUCCCUCUCUGCCGGCCUUACAGAUUUGGGUUUCGACAUGUCGCAUGACGCUAUAUACAAGCUCUUCCCGCACCACGUAGGCCACUACGUUGGACUCGAUGUUCAUGAUAGCCCCGGCUUGUCCAGGAGUAGACUCCUUGAAAAGGGCAUGUGUGUCACUGUCGAGCCAGGGAUCUAUGUCCCUGAUGACGAAAGAUGGCCCAGCUGGGCGCGCGGCAUCGGUAUUAGGAUUGAGGAUAGCGUGUGUGUGGACGAGGAAAGUCCGUACGUCCUGACUACAGAAGCGGUAAAGGAGAUCGUAGACAUCGAAGCACUCAGAGGCUCAGAGACAAAGUUAUAG